GACCAAUGGGCAAAAAACAAGCCUUAUCUCAUUUCCAGAUUUCCUUUCUCCUUUCUCCGGUUCUUCUUCCCAGCUAUCGCCCUUUAUAUCUGCCACCGGUCAGCACAGCAGCAGCAGCAUCAGCAUCAGAAGAAGAAGAAGAAGAAGAAGAGUUGUAGCAAGUAGCAGUUUGAAGAAAUCACAAAUGCCUCCUACAGCUACUCUCUCCGCUUCUUCUUCUCUCAAUCAUCUCUUUCCAAUCCCUCCCUCCUCCUCCUCUUCUUUCACUUCAACUCCUUCGCCCUCUAGCUUUUAUUUCCAUCCCUGUACCAAGAAAUUCUCAUCAUUACGCUCCAAACCCAACAUGACUCGAUCUGCAGUCUCCAUCGAGAAAGAAACCCCGGAGACAGAGCGGCCCAUUACAUUUCUUCGUGAAUCAGAAGGGGCUGACGUGAGGGCCCGUUUCGAGAAGAUGAUCAGGGACGCCCAGGACAGCGUUUGUGCUGCCAUCGAGGCUGUUGAUAAAGGAGGCAAGUUCAAGGAGGAUGUCUGGUCGAGACCGGGAGGUGGAGGAGGUAUCAGCAGGGUCUUGCAGGACGGUGCCGUUUGGGAGAAAGCCGGGGUUAAUGUCUCUGUUGUUUAUGGAGUCAUGCCUCCUGAAGCUUAUCGGGCUGCUAAGGCUGCUCCUGCUGAUCAAAAGCCUGGCCCUGUUCCUUUUUUCGCUGCUGGCAUCAGCUCUGUUUUGCACCCCAAGAACCCAUUUGCGCCUACUUUGCAUUUCAAUUAUCGAUACUUCGAGACGGAUGCUCCUCAAGAUGUUCCUGGGGCACCUAGGCAGUGGUGGUUUGGUGGCGGGACUGAUUUGACUCCUGCUUAUAUCUUUGAUGAGGAUGUUAAGCAUUUCCAUUCGACUCAAAAAAAGGCCUGUGACAAAUUUGAUCCUACCUUUUAUCCACGGUUCAAAAAAUGGUGUGAUGACUAUUUCUAUAUCAAGCACCGAGGUGAGAGACGAGGGCUUGGAGGAAUCUUUUUUGAUGAUCUAAAUGACUAUGAUCAGGAGAUGCUUCUAUCCUUCGCCACUGAGUGUGCAAAUUCUGUGGUACCUGCAUACAUUCCCAUUAUAGAGAAAAGGAAGGAUACACCAUUCACAGAUCAUCACAAAGCAUGGCAACAAUUGCGAAGAGGACGCUACGUAGAAUUCAACUUGGUUUAUGAUCGGGGUACGACAUUUGGAUUGAAGACUGGAGGUCGUAUUGAAAGUAUUCUUGUUUCUCUGCCACUAUCUGCACGAUGGGAAUAUGAUCAUAAACCUGAAGAGGGAAGUGAGGAGUGGAAGUUAUUAGAUGCUUGCAUCAACCCAAAAGAAUGGAUCUAAUUUGUCUUUUCUUUUAAAAAAUGUUUCAUUUGAGGUUUCCCCUUUUUUUCCCCGUAUUUGUUUCCUCCCUUCUCAUUUCUUGUAAGCUUGUAUUUUGUUUAGCAAAGUGGUUUUGCUGCCGGAAUUAGAACUUAGCAUUCAGUUGUGUAAUCUAUCGACGAUGGAAGUUAAUAAGAGGAUCUAUAAUAUGCAUUUCAAUCCCAA